AUGGCGGGCAGAAAACAGAAUUUUUUCCUCUCUCCUCUUUUACUGUUUCUUCAAAUAUCCUUUAAAAUGGUAAUGAAUUCUUCAAAAUUUUUCAUUUAAAAUCGGCCUGAGAUGAGGCUAUUUCAAGGAUGAACGAGGAAAAACUAUGAUAAAUUGUAUUCCCAUAUUAACCGAACAGCUGUAACCUUGUUUAAUUUUUUGAAGGUGCUAUGUGUGGAGUCUCGUGGAGACGAGUUGGUUUUCACCUUAGAGCACUGUCUGACCGAAGGUAAAUACUUUCAAAUAAGCUUAUUUUAUUUCAAGUGGUUCUUCAACAUUUUUAUAAUGCAUCAUGAUUGGUACGGUGUAUCCACAUGACCGGCGUGAGUGUGCAUGUGCAUGCGUUUUUUUUUUUAGCAUGACUGGAUUAUCAAGUAAUUGACAUUUUCUUUCAUUCCUUAGGAACAAAUGCAGUUUUUAAGCCAAGGUAAGCAAAUAUUCCAAGAGGCCAUGCAUGUUUUAGGUCAUGUGCCAUUACUUCCAUAAAGUUAAAGAAAUACAGCGGUUAUGUGUUACUCUGAAUAGUCCUGAGGCAGGAGAGGAUACAAGACCCCAUGCGGCCAAUCCAGGCUACAUUUAGUCCAGGUCAUCCCAAAGAUCCUUGUUCAAUCAAACCCAUAUCAUAUAUUUUUAAAAUUAUAUUUAUUCUUGCAAAUUGAGUAUUUUUUGUCCCUUAAGUGUAAGCCUCAGCUUUCUGGCUUCAAAACUUCAUGUACAGAACUGUUUGUUUAUUUUAUUUUGUCUGUAGGGGAACCAUUCAUGUCAAGAGUCUUAAGAGUUCCAGUGGAAUAUUUUCAGAGCAGGAAACACUCUCAUUUGAAGAUGUGAACAACCUAAGGGUAUCCAAUAAUAAUUAUUUUCAAGUGGUUAGGGUUAUGGUCGUUUACUAUGAAUGCUGGCUGUUAGCUUUAUUAACUAAAGUCAACUUACAUGCGCAUGCAGACCCAUGCAUAGGAACAUGAAAAUUCUCAACUGUAGUGUUAAAGUGCAGCUUUUGGAAGGUAACACAACCCCAGAAUAGACUGGUAGAUUCUUGAGCAGUUGCAUUCUUGGCCAAGUCACUUUAUUUUUGUUUACAGUGCCUUCUCCAUUUCCAUCCCCUCUUCCCCCCACACCCUCAAAAAUAAAUGAGCACAGAACCGGGAAACUGCUAGAGAGAACUGAUUUGGCUUUUUGUCCCAGGUUUACCUUUAAUUGACUACAGUAGUGUCACAUCAAAAAGCAGUUGCAUUUAUGCAGUCACUUAUAUUCAUUUUAUUUUUAGUAGCUAUGCCAGUUAGGCUUGUCUUAAGAUUUAUAGUUUUGAAAGGCUUGACUUAGGUAGCUUUCAGUUUGAAUGAGAAACUGAGAUCAACUUUUACUGUAACUUUUAAUUGUUUUUCUCUCCCUUGUAAUGCAGGAUUUAGCAUCAACUAAUGGUUAUUAUAGAAUACGGUUACGGCCCAAGUCUGCAGAAAGCAGUGAUGAUGUAGAUAACAGUGUUACAACAUUUGUCAAAGCUGUAAGUCUUAAUUUAGGGACCAGUGCUUUUAAAACCAGUGCUGAUGAUGGCCUUGAGUUUUGGCAUUGAUCUAUAACUUGAUGUAGUUGAUACUUAUUUGUAUUUACCAAGUGAAAGUUUGUUGUAGGCAAGACAACAAGGUUUUUACAUUUAUCUUCUUGGUUAUAUUAGUGAACAUGAUCAAGUAAUCCAACUUUUAAAACUACCUCUAAUUGGGUGUUGUUUCUCUACCUUCCAACUGCAGUGUGCACUGUUUACAUCAAGACUCACAGAGACUAUAACUCUGUCUCUUGACAAUGCAGGUGGGUAGAUCACAGCCAUCACAAUAUUGAAAUUCAUAAAGAUAGUGAAAAUUCUUAUGUGGAGACAGUGAAAAUUCUCAAAAUAACCAAUCGAAGAAGUACAUAAAGAAUAUGCAGUAACUAUUGUAAAAGAUCCCACCAUCAAAGGAAACUGCACAUAAGCCAGAUAAGAACCUCUUGAACUCAGACUUAACACAACUUUUGUUUUUGUUACAGGACACUUGUAUGGGGUUGGAUUAAUUGUCCCUGAUGGAGGCUGUGAAGCAAAGACACUCAACUUGGUUUGUCUUCAGUUUUUUUGUCCCAUUACCCAUUGUAGUUUUUUUUUGUAUAUAUUUUAAGUUUAACAUUAUGAACCUUAAUUUUAUUACAAAUCGGAACAAGCAAGGUUGGAAGCCAUAUAUUUAGUAACUUGUCUGUGAACUGUUGUCAUACUCAUCCAAAACUACCAUAAAUGCAAUGAUGAGCCAAUGCAGCCCUGUUCUUGAAGAUUCUAAGAAGCCUCCCUCUUUUAUAGGCCCCUUCUUUAACCCUUCAACUCCCAUGAGUGACCAAGAUAGAAUUUCUCCUUGCGAUAUUAAAACAAUAUGAACCAGAUAGGUGAUGAGAAUAAAGAAAAAUAUCAAUUUGAGGAUAAUUAGUUGAUCCAAUACUAAAUUCUCUGAACUAACAUUAUACAAAUUGUAAGGUUGACUUUAAGGAGAAUUACAAAUUUGAUCCAGGAGUUGAAGGGUUAAUAACCCAACCCCACCCUCAUCUCUUUGAUUCUUCUUCCUUCUUUCCCUCCCCCCUUGGAGAAACUCUAGUGUUUUUAUUCAUUUGGGUUUGUAAUGUAACGUACCAUAUGUUUUACCAAUAAUACAUUCUUUUUGUGUUUGUUUGUCCUUAAAGGAUGGAAUGAGCCUGCCAUCUAGCUUUAACACAUCUGUUGUAGUCAUGCUCCAAGGAACAGGACAACUGUAAGUGUGAAGUUAAAACUCGACAAAUGAGUUAAGAGAGCAUUUGUAAUUAUUGUUACACUGUAACAGUGUUAUGCUGUGUUUUAUCCCCCAAUACCACUUGGGGCAAAAGUGUUUAACAUACAAUUAGAAAGUUCCCAGAGAAGCUGGAAAGAAUUGCCUCAGUUGUACAUGUGUAAUAAUGUUUCAUUUGUUUACUAGUCCUGAAACAGCGACCUACAUUCAGAAACUAGAGAAGGAAAAACGAGACAAAGCAGCGGGACAGACACAGGACAACAGAUCUUUUCUGGCAAAAUAUGUAAGUUUUUUUUUUUGCACAAUGUUUUUGACAAUGCUCAAAACAUCUCUCUUUUGUUACAAAUUAAGCUCUGACAUACAGAGAAUUCUACUUUGUAUUGUGUUCUAUAAACAAAAAUUACACUUUUGACACUGCUGAUCCUAGUAGUAUAGAGUCUUUGUAGGUCAGUGGUAGAGUGUCGGAGUGCUAAUCUGAAGGUUUGAGGUAGGAUUCCAUAUGAGAACUCAGAAUCUUUUUUUUAUAUCCCAUCCUCAUGACAUGAGCUGGUCAGAAGUGAAUUGCUAAUCACUUCUGAACUAGUCAAUCAGAAUCAGCUGAAGAGCUAUUCACCUGUGUGGUAUAUACACUAAUAUUUCUUGUUCGUACAUAUGAACAUCUUACUGUAUGUAAGAAAGGUUUGUUUCAAGGUUAUGUCAGGAUACUAUUGAUAGAUAAUCAAGUGGAAUCAAGCUACAUGUUUGUGCAGGUAGUUUUGUUGUGAACAGUGACAGACAAUUAAAAAGACAUGGAAAUAUCAUAACUCAUCACAAGUCAUUUGAUUUUGGAAUCUUUUGAGGAGGUACAAGUACCAGGAACCCUGGUCAGAAAUAUUUGUUCACCUAAAUAUUCAAAUCCCUUAUUAUUGCAGUGGAUGUACAUAGUACCUGUUGUUGUGUUAAUGAUGCUCACAUCCCAGCAACCAGAGCAACAAGGAGAGGGAGGCAGUCAAUAA